CCGAUGUUCCUUCCCCCAUCUCACUGUGUGUAUGUAUACGCUUGUGGUGGCUGCUGUAUGUGUGUGCUAGCUGGUGCUGCGUAGCCUGCGAGGGAUGGAGCCGGAGGUGGAGGUGGAGAUGUCGCCGGCGGCGAAGGGCUUGGCCGAAGGCGUGUUUAGCCCUUAUUCGAGCCCGAGCACGGCGUUGCUGCUGCAAAGACGAGUUGUUGCAUGGGCGAAAGAGACCGGGUUGCCGGCGACGGUGAGCGUCCGCGUCGGCGAGAGGAGCUUCAGUCUGCAUAAGGAUCCGUUGGUGUCCAGGUGUGGGUACCUCAGCCAGGAGGCGCUCAUGAUCCGGUCCGGCGACGGCGAGGUCGUCGAGCUGCCGGCGAGCUUUCCGGGCGGUAACGAGGCGUUCGAGGUGAUUGGGCUGUUCUGCUACGGCGACGCGGUGGCGCUCGACCCGUUCAACGUGGCGGCGGUGCGGUGCGCGGCGGAGUUCCUGGACGUGGCCGGCCUCGGCGCGCGCUGCGACCUGUACAUCAACCAGGUGGUGCUGCAGAGCUGGGACGACGCCCUCAUCGUCCUGCAGCGGUGCCAGCUCCUCCUCCCCGUCGCCGAGGAGCUCCUCAUCGUCAGCCGCUGCGUCGAGUCGCUGGCGUUCAUGGCGUGCAUGGAGAUCCUGGACCCCGACGAGCAGCGGCGCGACCAGCCGGGCCUCGCCGCCGCGGCGCGCGGCCUCGUCGGGCGCCGCUGGGACGCCGAGCUCGUCAAGGAGCUCGCCGCGCGCGACCUCUGGAUCAAGGACCUCAUCGCCCUCCCCUUGGAGUUCUUCAGGCGGAUCGUGCAGGCGCUGCGGCGGCAGGGGAUGAAGGAGAAGUACGUGAGCCCCGUGGUGCUCUUCUACGCCAACAAGUGGGUGCUCUCCAAGAAGACGCACAAGUUCAUGGCGAGCACGGACAACGAGGCCGGCGGCGACGGGGAAACCGACGCUAACAGGAGGGCCACCGCGAUCCUGGAGGGCGUGAUCGAUCUCCUACCACCCGAGUCAUCGCCUGCGUCGGCGGCAACCGGCGGCGCCAUCCCAGUGUCGUUCUACUUCGCUCUGCUGGCGCGGUCGAUUACCCUCGAGCUAAGCGACGCAACCGAGACGAGGCUGCGCGAGCUGGUCGCGUCCAACCUGCAGUUUGCCCGCGUGGACGACCUGCCGUUGCCGGAGCAAGACGCCGGCCGUCGGUCCAUCGCCGAUAGCUCGGAGUUGAGAGCAAUGGAGAGCAUCGUUUCGAACCAUGUCUCCAUGCAAAGAAGAGGCGCCGAGGCCGUCGCGGAGCUGUGGGAUCGGUACCUCACCCAAAUCGUCGGUGACCCGAAGCUCCGGCAGGACCGGCUGGGCGAGCUGAUCGGCGUCAUCCCGGCCGGCGACCGGAAAUCCCAUGACCAUCUCUACGAAGCAAUUGACACAUACAUAGUGGAGCACCCGGGUUUGUCCGGCGAAGAGAAGGCGUCGUUGUGCGGCCACCUCGAGUGCCGGAAGCUGUCGCACGAGGCGUGCAUCCAGGCGGUGCAGAACGACCGGAUGCCGCUCCGGCUGAUCGUGCAGGCGCUGUUCGUGCAGCAGCUGCACACGCACCGCGCCUUCACCGAGUGCUCCGACUCGUUCCGGUGCAUGCACUCCGGGGAGCUUCUCGUCCCCGGCGUCGGCGGCGGCGCCGCGGCCGCCUACACGCCGAGCCCCUGGUGCGCCGUCAUCCCUACCAGCCAGCCCCUCAGCACCAGCAGCCCGUACACGGACACCCGCGCCGCGCAAGACGGCAGGAAGCUCCGCGCCCUUACCCGCGACCGGCGCAACGACGACGACGACGCCGCGACGUCGGACUACGAGACGGCAAGCUUCAGGAUCCAGGCGCUGGAGCAGGAGAUCAUCUCCCUGAAGCAGACGCUGCAGCGGCACAACACCGUGAAGGGCUCGUCCCGCAAGGAGCCCAGCUUCAGGGUGGACGCGGCCACGCCGGCGGCGGCGGCAGCAGUCAGGCGGCGAGCCCCGGUGUCCUCCAGCAGCUGCAUUGGCUCCAUGCGGUGGGGCUCGCAGCGGCGGUGCGCCAGCAGGAUCCUGCGCAUCUUCGCGAGGCUGGCCGUGUUCGGGAGAGGAGGCAGGUCGUCGUCGAGGGGGAAGCAGAGCAAGUGCAGGGGAAGUGCAGAGCAGCUCAGCUCAGUUGCCUGUAGAACCAAGCACAGAGCGAGAGACUGAAGGGUGGGAGACGUUACAAAAGAUAGACAUUUUUUACCACACGUGGAAAAGAAACUGCAAAUCAUACUGUAAACAUGGCUACUGGUAAGUAGUGUAGCACUAGUGUGUGAUCAGCAUACUACUGUGUACAUAUUGCUGGCAAUGCUGAAGAUUGUAAGACUACGGAGUACUGGAGUAGUUUGUAGUUACUGUCAGGUGAUCAGAAGAUUCAGAACUUCUGUUUAGGUUGAAAACCUCUAAUUACAUGUGUAGUUCAUCAUCGUUCUUAAAAGUGGUUUUCUUUCCUUGCAAAAAGGGGUUUUUUUUGCUGACAUGAUGUAAUGAAAUAUAAAUAG